AAUCAAUACUCAGGCUAGAGUUUGCGCUUCGCUCAAGCUCAAUCACUUUAAUAUCUAGUUUACCAAUAGAGGUCUGUGCGUGUGGGCAACACGAUGGCUGAAGAUUCCUUGUUUGUCAGUGAUUACGAUGGUCCAUGUCCUCUGUGUGAGGAGGAUGAGCAGAGAGGGUAUUGUAGAUAUGGAAACACUGAGCAAGAUAAUGAGAGAGAAAUAAACAGUGAUGUAAAAGAGGUGGAAGACAAGGAGUCACAUGAGUUCAAGAGGGACUCUCAGGUGAAACUAGAGGAAAUAACUGAGGAGAAUUGGACAGCAGGUCAAGAACCUGAAGAUAGGAAAAUAGAGAUGGAAGAGGAAGAAAACAAAACUGAAGACGUCAAACAGAAAAAUGAAAAAGACACAGAGGAUGACGAAGAGACAAACAAGAAAGUAGAUCAUGUAGAAACCGGUGAAAAAUAUAUCAAAGAUGAGCAGGAAAGUACAUUAGGUUUCAAAAAUGAUGAAACAAAGACUGAUGCAGAGGCAAACGACUUGCUGGUGCCGCCUCUAGAGGAUGACUGUAUUUUGCAGAUGGGCCCAGACUGCACCAUAGACCUGGUGAUGGUGUGUGAUGAGUCGGUGGAGAGAUGUAUAAAUGAAGACCUUUUGUUAUGCCCCCCCAAAUCUUCAGAUCUGCCCCAGCAGCCCCCUAUAAUAUUCCCACCCAGACCGUUAUCUAUCACAUUACCCCCUCAAAAUACCACAGUACUCCCCUUUCAGCCCCAGUCUCUACUUCAACCUCACGUCCCACCACAGGCCCAGCUGGAGGCCCCAUGCUUGGGCAAAUGGCCCUAUGGAAGCAGCACCGAUGUACCCACCGGACAGCUGGAGGUGACGCUGCGGCAGGUGUACAGCACUCGCCGCUACACCCGUUUUGCCAGCAGAGCGGCCCCUCUCAUACCUCUGGCCUCAGUUGGUGGACAAACCAGCAGUCAGGCUUUACCCUCUAUCAGCAUGGAUGCUCCUCUAAUGCCUCCGAAGAAGAAAACCCGCACCUUCUACAGCACCGAUCAGUUGGAGGAGCUGGAGCGUGUGUUUCAGGACGAUCACUACCCUGAUGGAGACAAGAGAAAGGAGAUCGCUGCCGCCAUUGGUGUUACGCCCCAGAGAAUCAUGGUGUGGUUUCAGAACCGUAGAGCCAAAUGGAGAAAAACAGCAAAAAAAACUCCAGCUAGUCAGGGUCAACCUUCUGUCCAGGUCAACAGGUCACAAAUUCCCUCAGCUCCUGCUGUUACAUCUCAGCAUGCCAAACCUGGAAACACACUUCCCCCCUACAGUACCAUCCGGACCAGCUGCACUAGUCCACCAGGUCCAGCUUGUGUUGAUGUGGCACCUUGUGUGUCUCAAGGAGGUUUUUUGGAGUACAUGCCCCCUCCCAUGCACAGUCCUCCUCCGAUACGGCGUGCUUCCUUGCCUCUCAUCACGGCAUACAACCCCCCUUCUCAUACCGUGUCCCUGCUGCUGGACACACCUGAACACAGUGAGCCCAGCUCUGCAGACACAAUGCCACUGAGUUUGCAGACCGACACCGGGUUUGACUAUGACGGCUUGGGAACCUCUGUAAAGCUGGACUACAUGACUUCUGCUCCACAGAACAGCACUUUCAAUUUCCAGCUCAACACAUUUCCUCAACAGUCUAACACUUUAUUAACUCAGCAGACAAAUAGUCUCCUACCUCAGCAAACAAACACAUUGUUACCCCAGCAAACCAGUUGUCUUAUGCCCCAACAGUCCAGCACAAUAUUGCCCCAGUACUCCCACCUGUCGUACCUCACGCCCUCUCCCUACCUCACACCCAACCCCACAGAGAGCAGCAGUGCUCCUUAUCUGCCCCUCACGACAGGAACCAACAACACUCUGCCCACAUACACCAGCAGCGGACAUGCGUAUCUCCAGUCUCAAACUGGCAACCAGAUACUGCUUCAAUCAGGAGUUCAUGCAUUUCAGGCUUACCCUUGGACAACUGACAUAUAUAGUCAGUCGGGUCAGUAUACACAGGCGGUAUUUCGGCCACAGUUAUCAUCACAGGGUCACGAGAGCCAAUACUCCCAGCUCCUGCCCCAGCAGCACUACGUUCAGUUCGAAGGAGCGCCGCCGCAACCCAGCCUACCUAAACCCGCCCCUGACCCCCUUCUGCCCAAUGUCAAAGUAGAGUCUGAAGACAUGGGCCACAGCCAGCCAAUCAGAGUCAGUGAGGCAGAGCCCAACUUUCAUUGCGAUUUCUCACCAAUCAACUUUUAACAACAGCAGGGUACUGACUGUGAAGAUCUGCAAGCAAUAUUUUCAUUUCUUUAUAUGUUUGUCUUCUGUUUUUUUGUUGU